CCCAGCCCAUUCCCCUGGGCUGGCAAGAGGGUCUGGAUGUUUUCUUUUUACUUGAGGCCAACAGAUAAGAAGGAGAGCACUGGGUUCCUGGUUCUUGCUGAUUGUGAAAGUCAGGUGGAGCCUGUUUGCCAUCUGAGGCCUCUCAUUCAAGAGGUCAGUCACCGCCAAGUGACAGAGAAGGCUCCAGGCGUGUGCUAAAUGCAGAGCUACCAGAUGGGCCUGGCUGGCCCAGGCUCUGCAGCGCUGCCCCCUAGGUGACAGCUGUGCGAAAUCUCAGGUGCAAAGACCAUCAGUAUUGCCCAGAAAGGAGAAAGAGGAACAGAGAAAUCGGUGCUGCUCCCAGCAGCAGAUCAGACAAGUCCUCGGAACCCAGGACCCAGGUCUAGAUAUCGGUUUCUUCUUGGAGAACGGGAGUCCCCUGCAAGAGUCCCACAGCCCAUCAGUGGCUCAGUCCUCCUCACUCCCAGGUCAGUGCUCUUCCCCACACAUGAUGAGUUUUCAUAAAGAUUUGAGUGACUCCCACUUCUACGGUCUCCGCUUCUCCAGGCCCCACCUGUUCCGGGAGUUCCAGCUGUUUUGGUCCUGUAACUUUGGGCCUGAGGAGAGCUGGGUUUGGGCAGGGAGGGGAGAGUAAACUGGGGUGAGAUAUCCAGUCAUGUUCUCUGCUUUGUCUCCAGCAGGCUUUGGGGCUUUGCAAAGAGCCAGAACCUAGGGGGCCAGGAGAGCACCUGGGGGCGAAGGGGCCUAAGGACUUUGUUGUCAGAAACAUAUCCCAACCAGAAGCAGUGGCAUGGGCUACAAUGAGGAGCUUACUGGAGCCCCACCUGGCACCGAGGUGCCUCAGGAGCUGCUGGAAGAAAUGCUUUGGUUUUUUCGCGUAGAAGAUGCAACUCCUUGGACUAGUUCCAUGUUUGCCCUGGUGGUCGUGGUGGUCGUGAUAAGCAUCGUCUUCUUGGGAAGGAACAUCCAGGCAAACAGAAAUCAAAAGAGGCUGCCACCGGAAAAACAAACUCCAGAAGUCCUGUACUUGGCCGAGGCCAGAAACAAAGAUGACGACAACCUGACCACCCUAAGAGAGACUUUGCUCUCAGAAAAGCCAAAGUUGGCCCAGGUGGAAAUGGAGGUAAAAGACAGUGAUGUGCCGCCAGCCAUUCUUCCAGACCCACGAGAAUCUGAGAGCUAGUCAGGGUGCAGGGCA